CAUUCGUUAGCAGGACCUAGCACUGCUUACAGUUGUAACUGUGGCAAGGCAAGAAAUCAACGAUCUCAUACGCAUAGUACCAUCAGCAGCACAGUACGGAAAGAAUUGGCGUCCUACGAAAAUCCCCAUCAGUCGCUUCCCCCGGUCAAAGUGUUGCCGGCAAAGCGAAAUGCCAGUACCGAGAGUUUAGACUUGCUUAACAGACUGAAUGACGAGUGCUCCUGUGCAAUCUUUAGUCCAAAUUCAAUCGACGGAACCACUUGUAAAAAAUGCAAACGAAAUUUGGCGGCUUCCGAUGUUCAACGAGCCCAGAAGAAGUACAACUCUUCCAAAUACAAGGAUGCUUCUACUUCACCGAAAUCGAACAGCCCUCUCCGAACAUUGGAACCAAGAAGCCCUCGGAGUCCCAAAAGUCCCAAAAGCCCAUGUGCGGAAGCUUCAACGGACACGAAAUUUGACUUUCCUUGCUCACCAAAAACAGUAAGCCACUACAAACGUCUGUCGACAUUGAGUAUCAAUUCAGGAAAUAAAACCGCAAGCACUAGUCCAAUAAAACAACAGCCAUCGCCGAAAGUAAGUCCCAAUAAGCUGGUUCCAGUACGAAAUGAACGCAUUUUGGAGAAAUCUAAUUCGCUGGGAGAAAGUAAACCACAGAAACAACUUUGCACGACACGGAGUCUAUCGCCAAGACCUCCGGUAAAACAUCAACACUCGAUUAUGGUAUCCGAUGAGAACGAUAUUGUGUCGGUGAAGUUAUCUCCGAACGAAGAAUUCGACGAAAGCAGUGAAAAAGACAAGGACAAAGCGCACAGUGAAAUUACUUCCCCGAAUCUGUCCGAUUGUGGAACUUUGCAGCCAAAAGAUGGUAGUAAUUUGACAACAGCCACUAACAGAAGCACAAGUUGUUUGGUAUACGUCCCUUCGGAUCCUUGGACCCGCAUGUCUGGUAGAAUAUCUCCAAUACCAGCUAUCAAGAAAGAACAACACAAACCCAGAGAGCUGGAAAGCAAAUCAUUUAGCAAACCUAAUCUAGAAUAUCUGGAAGACUCCGAUCCUUGGGUGUGGCGGUCUAACAUUAACCUGAACGAGCGAUAUGUGAAAAAGAAAGGAUCGCUCCCCCAUCAGGCUAAAUCGCUAAGUAGUGCUCGCAGUAGGGACGAACUGUUGGAUUCUAGACAGAUGCGUUUGUGCCAGCAGCGAUCGCUGACGAAAUUCGAUAAAAAUUUGACUAUUCCGGGAAUUGAUCUACACUUCGAUGCACGUAAAAAGAUCACUCGACCAAAGCUCCAGAGAUCGAAAUCUCCAGCAUUCUAUGAAGAGUUCUUCCAAGCUGAGAAGGACAAAACUCUCAGCAAAAACAAAUCCGUAUCGUCACUGAAGAUCGAAAAAAACACUAGUAACUGCAAUAUCAACGGUACUAAAUGUACUUGCGCCGAGAUAAACUCGCUGAGUCGAAACAGUAAUCACAGCAAUCAACCCAAAUGCGAACACAUUUACAAAUCUACCACGAGCAUAACUUCUCCAACGACCAAAAAGCAGCCCUCACCCAAAUUGAACAUUCCACCACAUUCUCCGAAAACGCCAUCCCAACAAACCAAUCAACCGGAACUAGUGAAAGCCUCACUAACCGUACUGAACCCGAACCUGUUGCAACCGAGGCACAGUUUUUCCACACCGUCACAGAAGGACGACGAGUUACAGCUGAACAUACGUCGCCUCAGUGAACAGAUGAACAAAUACAAUAGCUUAGGAGCAGGUUAUCUCACCCAGACACCAUCGCCCAGUUUUAUGAACGACACCAUUCCGCUGGAGAAGAAGAAAAAUAGCGGAAGCGGAGGUCUGAUCUCCACGGCUGGCAUUGUCGGAACAACACAAUCACAGAAGCGAGCUUCGUCGCAUACAAUGAUUAACGAACCAAUACUUGAGACACGAUGCUGAAGCACGGACGGAUUAUAGGCAAAAUCUAUGUAGCGACAUUUUUUCGGUUUACCGUUUUGGUUCCUGCAUUUGAGUGUUGAUGUCUUGUUGUUUAAUUAUAACUAGAACAUAGACACCGAUAGCUAGUCGAAAUUGUAAUCGAUAAUCAUCGUAACGUGGAGAUGACGCUGUUAGAUUAUUCCGCAAGUACCUACUCACAGCUUGUCCCUAGAAUAUCAACAGAUCGUUAUUCGAACAAAAAAGGCUUGCGGAGAACUAGUGCAAUUCUAAAUGUAGAAAUAAAGUGGGACCGCGCCAUGAUGAUCAUUAUUGAUUUUUGUUUUUGUCAUGCCAAUCUGUAAAGUAAAUAGAUAAUAGGAGAAACACAACACGUUAGAUAUAUCGAGGGUGAUGAACGUAUCGGUAGGUCAGCUGCAUACUUAAAGGAAGGUAAAUCUAGUUUAAAUUGUUACUGAUAUCAUUUCCCCCCCUCUUCGGGAAGUCAUAAAACCAGUUUCUUCUGAAAGUGAAAAUUACAUUCAUAAAGCAGUUCUCCCAACAAGUUGGUGGUUCGUUAAAAAUUUAAUGUUGGUAAAGUUUCUACUGCUGUUCACAAAUCACAUUUAUAUUCUAAAUACAUUUUGAUUGAUUUCAGUUCAAUUCAUAACCGGAACUGCGGUUAAACGUUGCGUAUUUAACAUGUGCGCAAAAUUUCUUCAGUUAUCUUCCCAGCAGAGGCUCUAAAACUUGAAACAGAAUCUGGUGCGUAGAAACGUAACUUUGAAAAAACGAAACGGAGAAAUUAAGCCUCGAAUCAUAUUCUGGACACGUGCGAGCGAAGAGAACCACCCUGACUUCCAAUUUCUUGAAACAGAAUCUGGUGCGUAGAAACGUAACUUUGAAAAAACGAAACGAAGAAAUUAAGCCUCGAAUCAUAUUCUGGACACGUGCGAGCGAAGAGAACCACCCUGACUUCCAAUUUCUUAGAAUACUGAUUCACCUAAACUGCCAACAUUUCGAAGAAAUGAUUCUAUUUUAAUCGAUCUAUUUGUAUAAAAAGUUUAAUCUCUUGUAAAUACUAUUCGAACCUUCAAACAUUUCAACUUAGGAUAAAAUACGAUAAACAUUAAUAAUAUAAUACCGCCUAAGUCCUACUGCAUCAGUGGGCAAGUGAAAGCAGUUCUUUGAGCUACACUUUCUGACAAAUCUGACACAAUUUCCCUUCGAAUACUGCUGAUAAACAGGAAAACCCAAAAUUGUCAAUACAAGGCGGAUAGGGCUUAUUUAAAGCGUUGGCAACGCAUACAUUCUCGUCUGAUUGAUGAACUUAAAAUUGUGCCAACAUCUGCGAGCCACUGAAAUCAUUAAUAUUCAAUAUCCCGGGAUUUACCAUAGCAACAAGCGGUCAUUUGAUAUAAUUCAAUAGACGCACCGAGUUAAAGAUAGCAUAAUUAAUAAGUAAAUUAAGACAGACGUAAAUUCAUAUGAAUUUUGAACGAACAAAUAUCACUACUAAAUGUGUAUAAUGGACUCAACUUCAGUUAGAGGAAACUUUAGUUAAACAAAAUCAAGCAUUCGAACAAUUUACAAAAACAUAUUUAGCAGCAGUCUUUCAGUCAGAAAUAAACAAAAAUAUUAACAAAAACAAGUAAAAUAACUGAAUGGUAGCCAACGAACAAGGAUUUACUGGAAGGAUAUGUGGCAAACUGAGAAUUGAACUAUACACAGAAUUAAAUCAGAAAUGCAACCACACACCCAUACACAUAUUAUGUACUUGCAUACGACAGACAUUAUUGUAAUGUGAAUAAAUAUUUUUUUCUUAUACAAA